CCACUCAGAAAGUUGGUCUGACCAAAAGUGGCCGCGGGAGGGGGCCAUAUAUGAGUGGGGCUGGGGCUGGAGCUGGCAUCCCAGCGGGCAACUGCAUCCGCAUCGUACCGCUGGGAGACAAGCAGUGGAAAGUAAAGCACCAAUGGGUUCCACACCCCCUUAGGCCUCAAGCUCACCACCAAGCUGAUGGACCAACGGAAGGAUACCAGCGUUAUCGACCAGCCUGUGGCCUACCCCAAGGAUGACGAGGAUGCCUUAUGCUCGAGAGCUAAGGAAAAGCCCGAGGAAAUCUUGAAGACGAGAAGGGACAGAUACGAACAAUCACUGCAGCGUAGCAGCGUGAAGAUGCGGCGACACCGGCAGGAGGGCAGACAGCGAGAUGGGCUGUCCAGUGAGAGCGGCGUUGCCGCGGAAGGCUCGUGCUGGCGUUACAAAGCCGACUGCUCCCGAUCGCGCCCCUGAGGAAGAGCCACCAGAGCAGUUCGAGUGGAGUGACACCUCGCCAGCAUUCGUCGCGGCGAUGAGAGCGAUGACCACAACGGAGUUGUUGCGGUGUCUGGCAGAGCUCAAGGUGCCCGCCGCUGACAAGCUUCGAGAGCAGCUCGAGGAAGCGAGGAAGCUCCAAUCGGCAUGUCGUAGAGCCUUAAAGGAUGCCGCAAUCCAAGGGCGAGCCAAAGAGGGAAGGAGAGCGUUCCAGACGUUGCUCACGGCUGUUGCGUACGAUGGAAACGGGCCUUCGAAGGUGACAGCCAAGCGCAAGUCCGAGAUCUUUGGCAUUCACCCAGAGCACCUCGUCGCCGCCCGACGGUGGGUGACAGUGCUGAGGCCUGAUUUCCCUCUACUUCAGGCAAUCGAUGAGAAGGCGUACUACUUCCACUCCCGGACCAAGAGGAGCGACGUAACCCCCCUAGAAAUGCUGGAGCUCAUGGAACGUUCUGGCACACCGACGAGGUAUCUCGUGCAUCGGGGAACUCCAAAGACAUCUGGCGGGAAUCCAAGUCGCCCAGUGUCGGAGGAGUCCGAAGAGGAAGAAAGCUCCGAGGAUGAGGAGGCCGACAAGGACGACGAGGACGACGAGGGGGAGGGGGAGGGGGAGGAAGAGGAAGGGGGGGAGGAGAGGGGGGAGGAAGGCCCGACUCUGGCGAAAGAGGCGGUUUGUGUCGAGAAGGUGGUUCUCCGGCACAAACUGCACACCGGUUCGGCCUCUUGUUUUUGCUCUGCCUGUCGCGUGCAUGAGUACGAGCGGUGCUAUACCAGGAGCAAGUACCCGGCCUGCGGCACGAAGCUCGAAGAGCAGGUAGUAGAGGAGACAGUCAUCAUGGUCACUGGUGUAGAUCCUGUGGUUGGGGUGGAUCCUGUGGUCGGGAGCAAAAANAAGGCGAAGAAAAUUGUUUUCUUGAAGGGGGCGACCACCUGUCAGAUGGACAGGGUUACUGGUACACAGUUUGGGGUCUCAUUCUGCGGUAGCAGCAAGUAGAUAUUGAUUGAGGGGCUGGGUGAUGGUGCGUUCAGAUCUUGGUUUGCAUUUUUGCUGUAUUAUUGUGAAGAUAAGCGCGUGGUUUGGUGAAGAUUGUACGUGUUGCGACUUGUAAACUUGCAGUUUUUCUGUUGUGCUUCAAUCGGCGGCGGCGAGAAAAGUGUCUAUGUACAACACCCAUAAUAACUUUGUUCAGAAUGCGAGAAAAAAAUCCAACGACGUAUUCGUACUCCCCAC